CUCCCAAAUAAGAACCAUGUAAUUCAAUCACUGAACCCGUUCACACUAAACAAAACUAGUCUCAGCACACAGCCCCCCACUAUUCACAACCAUUUUGUGUUACAAUAGAAUAGAAAUAAAGUACUUCUUAGAAGCCUAAUUUCAGGGUGGAGGGCUUUUGGACAUCUGUGCACCCACAGACACUUGUGUUAACACAAGUACAAAGCACUGCAGUGAUGGUGGUGCUGUGAAAAUAGUAAGUUAUCAGCUGUGAAUUUCUGUUUGCGGAGGCUUCUGGGGGACAUUGUCCCCACUCUGGGUUCAGGAGACCAUUCCUCAAAGGUCUCCAUAUGCCUCUCCCACUGCUAUACCUGUGGGAAGGCAGGAAGUUUAUCCUGGGUUCACUUCCACACCCUGACCUCCUUUUUUCAACACUCCCCUAGUUUCUAUUUUUACCUUCAGUUGAUCAUUUCUUAAUGUACAGAUCCAGCAAUGGGCCACAUGGUAGCCUGGGUUUAGUUUUCUGGUUUCAGCUAGACUUGGAGGGGUGGCUUGUUGAGCAGCAGUGAUCACAAACAUCCCAGGGGAAACAAUUAAGGGGUGGUGUCCUUGCCUUCAGCCCAACCCAGAAGGGCUGACCCAAAAGGGACAAACCCCUUUGGCGAGUUCUAUGUCAGCCCCACAGGACACGACUCCUCACCGCCUCCUCUAAAGAAACAAGCGAGCAGCAAAGGGUUUGUGUGCAGUGGGAGAGUUCUCCACACCCGAGGCCAGAGAUGGCUGUGUUGCGUGCUAGCAAAAGUCUCCAGACCCUUCUUCUCUGCUGCACAUUAAUCUGCUCCUAUUCUGGUAAGUUGACCAAGGCUUGCUAAACCCUUAACACAUCAGAAUUUUGAUGGGGAGUGGGUGUUGAAGGAGGAAACCAGAAAUGUACGUUUUCAUGCUUUGCAAAGAGGAGAUAGACACUUAUCAGCUCCAUAGCCGCAAGGAGUAACCACGACUUCAGCUUCUGUUCUUUGAUCACUUGUAAACCUUUGACAAUGGAGCUGUGAAGAUGGAGACCUUUGGUGAAUCAAACAUCUAUUGCUGGAGAAAAAAAGCGAAUAGGAUGAGGAAAGGUAAGUUGAAUGGGCUAGAAAUCAGGGGUGAGCUUAGCUGUAGAGUCAGUAGUCUAUCGUAAAGCUUGUGUUUCUUUAAUUACGCAAUAUAUAAAGCUGCAUGACUGAUAGUUCCCAACCUUUAUCUCUAAUUGCGGGGAAAUAAAGAUGACACAGAGUCAUAGAAUCUUGUUAGACAGAAACAUCUUCAAUGUGGCUGAAAAGAAUCUCACUAAUCUGUCUUUUUAGUUCAUUUUCAAAAACAGAACUAUAGUUGGGUUUCUUUCUAACCUUCAAGUCUAUAACAAUAAAAAUAUCUUACUGGGUUGAAUGAAUGAAUGAAUGAAUGACAAUAAAAAUAUAUAAUUUGCAUUACAAAACAUAAUAUUAUUGAAAUACUUUGACUUUUCCAAAAUAGUAGACCCAGCUUUCAUUCCUACCCAUCCAUGACCUCUGAGAAAAACAAAAAUCUUCUCUUGUCCCUAUACCAUUCCAUUGUCAUCUCAUAACUUUAUUACAUUUUCCCCCCACUGUAAUCCAAUUAGCAACUGAAAACAAGGUGAGGAACUGGCCGCUGGUGAUAUUUUUUGAGAAAAUCCUCUUGAAUUUGACUAGACAAAAGGGGUCCCUUUUCCAAAAUUCUACUUAGCAAAUUUUGCAAUCUGGUUCUUAAAAUUGAAAGGUUCUCAAAUAGCCCCACAACAUAUAAAAUAAAAAUCACAAUUAAAUAGAACUCUGAUCAGCAAAAAUGAAAUAAACAGCUGCAUCAAUAAAAGCAGUAUUUCUAGUUUUUUCAUGAAAUAUAUUUGAGUGGAAACAUGGCAGUUAGAGGUGGAGGAAGAACCCUCCUUUGCUAGCAAAUUGUGACUAAAGUUUUACUUCUACUUCCAUGGUUCACAGGGAUCAAAUUCCUCACAUGUAAAUAGCAGGAUCUAAUCAGAUUUGUUUUCCUCUCAAGCACUGAAAUUAAGAGCUGUCCUCUAGGAUGUCAUUUGUGAGUUUUAUUCGCUUUACUGACUCUCCCUGUUUGUAGCGCGCUUUGUUUUCAUAAUUGCAGAAUUGACAUGCUUUGUCCUGAGUCCUGGCUACAGUUCAGUCUCGAUAUUAGGAAAUCACAUGGGAGCUAAAUCUUUCUGGAUGUAGAGAGGCUAAUGAUUCAGCUAUCACAUAGAGCUGAGCUGGAGGACUCUUUUGGAAGGUACAACUGGCUCGAAAACAUAACAGCAUUGCUAUAAAUGCCCUGCAAUUUUUAACUCACUGCGCUGACUUCUAGUUCAUUUCUGUGCUGUUGAAAGAGUUCUAGCUAUGUCACUGAUGGCAUCAACUUCAAAAGACAAAGUUUUUAAUUCAGAUAAGUACUUCCCAAAGUCUUUUGGGCCACCGCCGCUUCGUUCCAAAAAUUCAACUGCAGUGCCCUUUACACUAUAAAAAGCAUUAUUCAGAAUAACGAUUUGCAUGAUGUAGAAAAUAAGGAAGAUAAGAACACUACAACAUUCAAAGCAGUAACAAUUAAUUACACCUUUAUUCAAAAUCCAAUUAAAACUACUUCAUCAAUUCAACUGAUUUAAAAUCCUAGAACUGUAGAGUUGGGAAUAGUUGUUUACAGAACUUCGGAAUCUAGCAAAGAACUUAGGUAAAUACCAAGAUUUACUAAGAAUACAGAAGAUUAAGGCUUGAAUCUGGGCUUCCUGUAGGCAUCUAUCCAGUAGACAUUUGAUUGAUUUGCCACCUUUCCCAUUCUUUCUCUCCACUCCUUAAAAAAAGGUGCUGUAAGCAACUCAUCACAGACUCAGACCCUGCAUCAGGUGAGCGGGAUCCUGGGACGAUCCGUCUUGCUUCCUGCCAAUGUCUCAUCAGCAGAACAAUUGGCCUUCAUUGAGUGGAACUUUCAGUGGAACGGCAUAAGGGUGCAGAUUGCUAAAUUCAGGAAUGAGAAGCUGGAGCGGCCGGAUCCAAACGACAGGUUUGGGCAGAGGAUAGAAAUUGCCAAUGAAUCCACACUGAGGAUCAAAGAUCUGGAGAUGGAGGACAGUGGAAUAUAUGGAGUUCGUGUGACAUUCAGUACAGGAACGUUGAAAGAUCAUAAACUCUGCCUCACUGUAUAUGGUAAGUAAUUAUUUUGCCAUCCUCAUCUGUUUCUUGUGGAAUUGGCCGUAGGAAAGGACCCAGCAAUGCUGGUUCUAAAAAGUUACUGGCAUUCUUGGGGAAAGGGGCACAGAGGAUGUGUCUUUUUUCAUAUGUUUUUCAACAGAGCCCAUCCCAGAGCCAAAGAUUCUCCACAAAGAUGUCUCCAAGACUCCAGGUGGUUGCAAUGUGACCCUACAGUGUCGGGUGCCUGGAAAGAGGGGAUUUGAUGUAUCCUGGAAAAGAGGGGACCCCCUCAGGGACUUAGAAGAUGGGUCAGACAGGUACCACCUCACAGAGAACGGCACGGAUCUCCACCUGUUCUGGAAGCUCAACUCUUCAGGGCCCACCUACACCUGCCUGGUCACCAAUCCAGCCGAACAGAGGAGCAACUCCUUCAACUUGCUCGACAUCUGCAAAACCCACAGUGAGCAAGUCUCCAUGUAUUUUAUCCAGUUUAAACAAAAUAGAGAUUUCUAAGCAGAGUACAUACAAUAAUAUAAAAUAAUUACUAAUAAUGCACGGAUAAAAUAAGCAUUAGUGGAAAAAACUACUCAAAGUAUACGCAGCUAAAUAUGUGGCUGGGCACAUCUGCAGAAAUUUUAAAAAGAUUUUAGUGGGCAUCUAAGACAGCAAGGGCUCUGACACUGAUGUUUCCACAAUCAAGCAACAUAUAUAUUAUGAAAUAAGUUUAACAAUGGUUUGUUUGUUAAUUGCGUUUAUGUCCCACCUUUUUCUCCAAGGAGCUCCAGGUGGCGUCCAUUGAUCUGUCCUUCCUUAUUUAACUACUUCACCCCCAUAAGCCUGAGGAGUAGAUUAGGCUACGGGGCAGCGGCAGGCACCCAAAGUCACCCAUUGAGUCCCCCCCUUUUGUAAACCACUUUGAGGUUCCCAACAAUUAAGCAGUAUAUAUUAAAUAUACUUGGAGUCGAGAGUGGAUUUCAUGCUCUUUAUUCAGCUCAUAGUGGUGAGGAGGAAUGGAAGCUCCCCCAGAAUGUCUGCUUUAUAUACAUUAUUUACACAAUGGGCCCCACGUGAUUGGCUAAUUCUGGGAUUCUCCUGUAGGCCAAUCAGGUUGGGGAUUCACUUCCACCUGGAGCUGGAUUGGGUGGCUCCUGUGGACCAACCAGACUGCUGCAUUCUGGACCCUAUUGUUCUAGGACCAAUCAGACUGCUGCAUUCUGAAUCCUAUUCAACUCAGUACAUAACAAUAUACAUUCAUUAAGUGAAAUAAAAUAAAGCCCAUAAUCUGUGUGUGCUGCCUGGAUUGGUUUAUAAUGAUGGAGCAGAACCCAAAUAUUUACUUAAGAAGAAGCAGCAGCUCAUAAAGGCAGGUAUUUUUAACCAUGUUUAUCCUGGGAUGGGGCACAGAGGCAGUUGCUGUCAAUUAUCUCUUGAUGGACAAUUGUGGCCCCCUGCAGGUAGCUCUGGAUCAUCCAUCUCAGGUCCUCCGCUCUGGUUUGUUGCCGUUGUGCCUCUCCUCGUGAUGGUAGCAGGUUUGGGGUUCUGGCUAUGGAAGAAAAGCAGGACGACUCUAUCUGAAAGAGGUAGGGAAUGUCUUCCUUUCCUUGCCCAUCUUUGGCCAGCCAGUAUAGCCACAAACACCUUUUCCUUCCUUUGGUUUCUCCUGCAAGGCAGGCCUUUUCAGUGCAACCAAAUAAACUUGUCUAAUGUCUCACCCCUAUAGCCGUGGCCUCUGUGAGAGGAGAGGAGGGGCAUGUCAGUCCUGGGCUUCACUACGCAGAGUUCCGCAAAAGAUGGAUCCCUUCAGAAGGGGGUGAGAGCCAGGUGAGAGUGAGAUGGUCUUGCAUGGUGGGACUAAAACAGAGACACUCAGCAUUUGGGGAGCUCUUUAGGUUACAGAAAAGGUGAGAAAGAAGCGUUUAAAAUUAUACAUGGUUUGGAGAAAGUGGAUUGGGAUAAAUCUGCCCUCAAAACAAUAGACCUUGUGGGAAAUGAAGGUGGAUUUUAGGAGAUUCAGGACAGGCAAAACAAAAGACUUCUUCAGUGCCAAUGGAACUCACCCUGGCAAAAGGCAGUGAUAUGGCCACCAUCAUGGAUGGUUUUAAAAGACGAUUAGAAAAAUUCCAUGGAAAAGGAAGAUAAGGCUAUUGAUAGCUACUAGCCACAAUAGCCAGAUUUAUCUACUCACCCCGGGAGUUUACGAUAAAGGCCAGGUAAAAAUCUUAUGAAUGAAUGAAGAAAAGAAGUUGCUACCUUUUGCCUGAUCCCUACUCCUGUUUUACACACACACAGCUAAUUUCCCCUGGCUGAAGAGUGGGUCUCCUUCCCUUCUAACUCUUCCAUGUAAACAAACAAAAGAUACCCUGUCUAUCAUCAUUUUUCCUUUUCCUUUUCAUUUCAGGAAGUUGAUAAUCUCUCUGCAACCCCAGAUCAGAAUCCUGAAACAAAUUCUCCAAUUAUCUACAGCCAGAUCCAAACAGAUCACUGAAACAAGGUCAAGCUUCAAUUAUUGGGAGCGAAGGUUGACUGGGCCUUCUUCCAUUGCCUCAGCCCUGGAACAGAGAGCUUUUGUGGGGUAGAUCUGAACGGAGAGCUGGUGGUCUAGUGGGCAAAAGGGAUCUACGGGGAUCUGCUGGUGGAUAUCUGAGUGAAGAGCAAUGGAUCAAAAAGGAUUUCUCUGACUCCUAGUUGUGUGAUGACAACAACAACUAUCCCAGUGGAUAGCCUGAUGGAGUAGAGGCCCACAGAGAUCAGGAUUUCUAUAGCUUCUCAGCCAGAGCAUUGGACAACCAACUGUCAUUCAACCUGACCUACCUCACAGUACUGUUGCAAGAAGAGAUGUUGUUGGCGUUCAACUGUCUUGAGAGACAAUGGAGUGCACCUCCGGGGGUGAAGUCACAUCACUGUGUUAGCAGCACCAAAGUGAUCUCUCUGGGGUGCAAGCCUGGGCAGUGCAUAUUGAGGUCCUGGGCUGCCCAGGUGAAUAGACACCCCUCUCAGGUCCAAAGAAGAGCAUAGCAAUAAUCUCCUUAAAACUGCAGUCCCAGGAAAAAAAGGUUGCGAGAACAUAAUUGGUACUGAUCCCUUCUUUCUUAUAAAUGUCAAAAUAAACCUUUCCAAUGGC